CUACAGACGCUCCGAUUUGGUUGGUGCCAACCAUCCGACCACGACCAAAUCGGAAAGUGUAGAGAGCGGUCGGUCCGACAUAAUUAUUAUUAAUAUUGGUUUGACGUGGUCGGAUGCGCCAGCGAUACCAACCAAACCAACUUCCUAUCCGACCCAACCAAAUUGGAACGUUUGUAAGCUUUGUUCCGACCAAAUCGGCUCAUUCCAUAGAGUAAUAUAGGUAAUUGACUCAUUCGCAUUCGCAACGCCGCCGGUGUGUCAACAUGAACGCCGAGGGAGUUACAGUCACCGAACGUGAUAUUAUAAUAAAAUUACUGGAAGUAUAUAAAGACUUUCCCUGUUUAUGGGAUUUAACUAAUAAAGAUUACGCAAACAGAGAUGCCCGAAAUCAAGCAUAUAUUAUUAUGUUAGAACUAUUAAAAAAAAUUGACAGUGGGGCUACAUUAAAAACAUUAAAAAAUAAGUUAGAUAAUAUGCGUACAUCCUAUAGGAGGGAGCGAAAAAAGGUGGAAGCUAGCAAGACUAGUGGCGCUGGAAACGAUGAGGUGCAUACGCCAUCACUAUGGUACUAUGAACACCUCUUAUUCUUGGAUGAAAAAAUCACGCCGACGACAGAGGUUAUUGAUAAUAUGGAGACGGAUUCUUCCCAGUCACAUAAUGAUGAGGUAAGCUUUAAAUAUUCAUAGUAUUAAUCAUUCUUUCUUGAAAAUGUACCCGGCCCUGAUUGUUAAAAUAUUCAGUGAAUAUUUGUCUAACAGAAUUACCAUCUGCAGUACGUUGCCUUUCUGUUCUGUUAAGGCCUACUAAGUUGUCAUUUAA